AUGACGUGAUGACACAUGACAACAAACAAAGCAGUAAACUACAUGAGCAAGGUCGAAAGUAGGACAAUAACGAGUAGACUUUGUAAUUUAUGUUUAUCCAUAUUUCUUGUUUUACUGACUACGGAUUCUUGCCUUUUGGAAACAUCACGGGACAAUAGCAGCAGAGUGCUCUGCACAUCCUAAGCGGUGUUUUGUGCGUGCAGUUUUAGCAUAUAGCUUGUUUAGCAGUCAUCAUGGCUAUGGUAGGGCUGAGAGCUUCUUACCACAGAAUCCUCGACAGGAUCGAGCAUACGCUGCCGGCUAAACUGAGACCUUUUUAUAACCACCCUGCAGGUCCAAAGACUGUUUUCUUCUGGGCACCAAUGUUUAAAUGGGGUCUGGUCUUAGCUGGCUUAGCAGACAUGACACGUCCAGCAGAUAAACUCAGUACCUCCCAAUCUGCUGUGUUGACCGCCACAGGACUUAUUUGGUCCAGGUACUCUUUGGUCAUUAUACCCAAGAACUGGAAUCUCUUUGCUGUAAACUUCUUUGUUGGAGGUGCAGGAGGAUCACAGCUCUUCAGAAUAUGGAAGUAUAACCGGGAACAGAAGGCAAAGGAGAAAGAAGCUCAGGCUUGAUACCAGUGCUGUGCAAAGUGCUUCCAGAUGAACGAAAGUGAUUCUCCUCAACUGGUACCACAGAAACUUUCCAUCCUUUAUCAGUCUCCACACACUCAUCUGAUUCUUUUCAGUUCAGGUCAUUGUCCCGUGCCAUUAGUACCUAAACCAACAAUUAUUAAGGUUGUUGAUAACGCACAACAUGUUACAUAUUCAUAUUAGUAUGAUUGUACUUUUUUUUUUUAAAGGAUUGUGUUUCAAAUGCAUCUUGAUAUAUGAGCUUUCCAUCCAGUAUACUUGAAUUACCAUCAUAAUUUUUACCAUUGAGUGAAUUUCUUCACUCAGCCUCUGUCAUACUUUUACCACAAUGUCUCCAUAUCAAUUUUAAGCUUUCUUUCAUUAUAUGUAUUUCUUAGGAAAUAUUUAUUAAACAUCUGUAAUGCAUUAGGGUUUUACACAUCCAUAACAUUAAAUUAUUUUGGUCAAAACCCAUACUUUACAACAUACUGAACUGUACUGUAAUAUUGGAAUUUUUUGAUUAACAUCAAAAUAAUAAUAAAGUAACAUUAAAAUCUAA